AUGUCCGAGACUCCGAAAUAUCACUCCACGGAUCCACAGUGUUUCGAACGGAUCGAUCAUCGUCACGUUGCAACGGUUGAAUUGUUCCUUUUGUCCGCUCGGGUCUCCCCGUCCGAGUGCUGGAGAAUUAAGCCCAUCCGGAAGGAUUUGGAGAAGCCCUGUGGUGCAGAAUCAAGCUUCGUGCCGGAAGGUAUACCACAGUUGGAGUGA